AUGUGUAGACCCACCCAAAUUAUGACCCUUGCUCCUCCCAUAGCCACACCUGUUCUUACACUUAUCCCCACCAUUUCCUUGCCUGUUAUGAAGAGGUCAUCAGGGCUCCUGAGAUUCCUGAAAUGGCAAUUUGGCUUGGAAAUAGAUGCCAUUGCCUUCUCCUCUCCAGUCACAAAGGUUACUUUGUACACAAAUUGCUCCUUUGUCAGGAGAUAUAUUUGUACUGGUCUUUGUUUUCAUUUCUCAGAUUGGGGUUGGCUCAGUGCCCCUCCCCCCAAAUCAGGUUUGGCUGGUAGUAGCUGUAACCCUGGAAGCAUCACAUAA